AUGAGUGAGUACGCUAGACGUAUGGCUUACCUCUCAUCCAGGAUUUUCGGAGAAUUGAUGAAAGGGACACAUGCUAAACAAGUCAAAGUUGUUACUAACUUCUCCGUUCAGCCUCGCCACAAAAACAACUUCUAUGUCAACUAUUACCCGCCAUACAUGAAAAUUGAGCUUGCUCUUCAGAAUUUGCGCUACCAUGGUCUCUACAGAGAUGAGCAUCAAGAUUUCAAGGAAGAGAUGAUACGAUUGAGAGCAUUGAGAGGAAAAAUGAAACCCAAGAAAGGAGAAGGAAAACGAGCCAUGAAAAAAAAGGCAGCUGGUUCUUAA